AGUAGAUGGCGGUGGUGGCGGGUAGCGGAUCGCAGAACUGGCCGGUGGAGAGGAGGGGAUAACGGAGGUUCUUCAAUCCGAAAGUUGUGAGAUCGACAAUGAACUUCAACAAGACUUGACCAGAUUACAUUCGCUAAAUGAUUUGAAGCUCUCCGGUUUUGAUUUCUUUGUCAAGCAGGCAGCUAGGUUAGUUUGUAGGCCUCAAGCCUCGGGAUAAAGUUGUCGUCUGAUCCUGGGAUUGGGAAUCCAAGAAGGGACUGGCGUGAGAGAUCUACCUCGGACAAUUGGGAAUCCCUGUUCGGAAACUAUUGGGGAUCGAUGCUUGGAAGAACUAGCUAGUGGUAUAUGAGUGGAGUCGUUUUUUAAUUGUUUAAACGGCAGCUCCGGAGGCGUUGAUGCAUAUUGGCAAAGUUAAAGGGACUAGCUAACUAGUUAAUCGCCCCUACAGACAAUGUCCCAUUGCUGCUAGCUUGCUGGCUAGCUGAUUUUGCUAGCAAAGGAAUGGAUGAAUGGGCAACCGCUUGUAAUGCUCGGAUUUAAACAGCUGGUUAAUGACCUCAGUGUUAGAAAUCAUUUGUGUAGUUAGUUAGCAACUGUGUAAAUAAUAGAGCAUACUAGAACAAACAUCGAUUUUUAUUUUGCUGUACAGCCAGAAAUCUGAUUCAUGGUGCGGACGGAGCACACACUCAGAUGGACAGGAGUGCAAUUUAUUGACAUUACUGGUCAGCAAUUUAGUUUAUAAUUUAAGUGUUUCUCUCAUCUGUUUUCAUUAUCGACUUGUUUUUUUAGAAUCAUAGGACAGAGCUGAAUCAUAGGCUUAUGUAAUGUAGUUGUAUGUAGCUGUAAAGCUAGCUUUCUGGCAUCCUUGAUUUGAAGGAAUUUUGCACUACUUAAAUAGUGUUGAGGUUAUCCCUGGUUUGGAAUGGGGAAUACGGUAUCAUGCUGCGUGUCGCCCGAGGGGAGCCCAAAGCUACCAAGGCAACCGGCGGACCGCCAUGAAGACUACCAAAUAAUCACGGACGUGAGUGAUGACACCGGCCCGUACCUGCAGCACAUCAGCGACAGAGAGGUGCCAGACGGUAGGUGUCACACCCGCCCGCAUAGCUGGGAUUGGAAAAUAUUUACAGAAUGUCACUGACUGUGGUUACUAGAAAAACAGAACUGGUAGGGGUAUUUGAUCCCCUGCUGAUUUUGUACGUUUGCCCACUGACAAAAACAUGAUCAGUCUAUAAUUUUAAUGGUAGGUUUAUUUGAACAGUGAGAGACAGAAUAACAACAAAAAAAUCCAGAAAAACGCAUGUCAAAUGUUAUAAAUUGAUUUGCAUUUCAAUGAGGGAAAUAAGUAUUUGACCCCUCUGCAAAACAUGACUUAGUACUUGGUGGCAAAACCCUUGUUGGCAAUCACAGAGGUCAGACGUUUCUUGUAGUUGGCCACCAGGUUUGCACACAUCUCAGGAGGGAUUUUGUCCCACUCCUCUUUGCAGAUCUUCUCCAAGUCAUUAAGGUUUCGAGCCUGACGUUUGGCAACUCGAACCUUCAGCUCCCUCCACAGAUUUUCUAUGGGAUUAAGGUCUGGAGACUGGCUAGGCCACUCCAGGACCUUAAUGUGCUUCUUCUUGAGCCACUCAUCUGUUGCCUUGGCCGUGUGUUUUGGGUCAUUGUCAUGCUGGAAUACCCAUCCACGACCCAUUUUCAAUGCCCUGGCUGAGGGAAGGAGGUUCUCACCCAUGAUUUGACGGUACAUGGCCCCGUCCAUCGUCCCUUUGAUGCGGUGAAGUUGUCCUGUCCCCUUAGCAGAAAAACACACCCAAAGCAUAAUGUUUCCACCUCCAUGUUUGACGGUGGGGAUGGUGUUCUUGGGGUCAUAGGCAGCGUUCCUCCUCCUCCAAACACGGCGAGUUGAGUUGAUGCCAAAGACCUCGAUUUUGGUCUCAUCUGACCACAACACUUUCACCUAGUUCUCCUCUGAAUCAUUCAGAUGUUCAUUGGCAAACUUCAGACGGGCAUGUAUAUGUGCUUUCUUGAGCAGGGGGACCUUGCGGGCACUGCAGGAUUUCAGUCCUUCACGGCGUAGUGUGUUACCAAUUGUUUUCUUGAUGACUAUGGUCCCAGCUGCCUUGAGAUCAUUGACACGAUCCUCCAGUGUAGUUCUGGGCUGAUUCCUCACCGUUCUCAUGAUCAUUGCAACUCCACGAGGUGAGAUCUUGCAUGGAGCCCCAGGCCGAGGGAGAUUGACAGUUCUUUUGUGUUUCUUCCAUUUGCGAAUAAUCGCACCAACUGUUGUCACCUUCUCACCAAGCUGCUUGGCGAUGGUCUUGUAGCCCAUUCCAGCCUUGUGUAGGUCUACAAUCUUGUCCCUGACAUCCUUGGAGAGCUCUUUGGUCUUGGCCAUGGUGGAGAGUUUGGAAUCUGAUUGAUUGAUUGCUUCUGUGGACAGGUGUCUUUAUACAGGUAACAAGCUGAGAUUAGGAGCACUCCCUUUAAGAGUGUGCUCCUAAUCUCAGCUCGUUACCUGUAUAAAAGACAACUGGGAGCCCAACAUUUUUCUGAUUAAGAGGGGGUCAAAUACUUAUUUCCCUCAUUAAAAUGCAAAUCAAUUUAUAACAUUUUUUACAUGUGUUUUUCUGGAUUUUUUUGUUGUUAUUCUGUCUCUCACUGUUCAAAUAAACCUACCAUUAAAAUUAUAGACUGAUCAUUUCUUUGUCAGUGGGAAAACGUACAAAAUCAGCAGGGGAUCAAAUACUUUUUUCCCUCACUGUACAUAAUCCAUUUAGUAUUUUUAUCACACCAUUUCUCAGGCACCACCCUCUCAGAGGCCUGUAGCCAAUGAAAUUACAUGCACAUAAAGUUAGGUGAGAUGAGGCUGCCAAUUGGGAAGGAGGGAUAUUUGAUCCACAGCCCCCUGGUGUCCCUCCCUUCCCUCCCAGCAGGGUUUGAUGUUGCUGGUUGUUCACAGCUUUUUAUUACUAUUGAUUGUAGGCCCUGUAUGGUGUUGCACCCUUGGGGUAAAGCCACACACACACACUUCCUGCUGCUGCAACACCAGUGACACAAGCCUACCAGAUGAGCUAAAGCAACACUGAAGCAUGCAUGAGAGCGUCAGCUGUUCUGGAUGACUAUGUGAUCGCGCUCUCUGUAGCCGAUGUAAGACUUUUAAGCAGGUCAAAAUUCACAAGGCCGCAGGGCCAGACGGAUUACCAGGACGUGUACUCCGAGCAUGCGCUUUCCAACUGGCAAGUGUCUUCACUGACAUUUUCAACAUGUCCCUGACUGAGUCUGUAAUACCAACAUGUUUCUAGCAGACCACCAUAGUCCAUGUGCCCAAGAACACUAAGAUAACCUGUCUAAAUGACUACCGACCCGUAGCACUCACGUCUGUAGCCAUAAAGUGCUUUGAGAGGCUGGUCAUGGCUCACAUCAACACCAUUAUCCCAUAACCCUAGACCCACUCAAUUUGCAUACCGCCCCAACAGAUCCACAGAUGAUGCAAUCUCUUUUGCUCUCCACACUGCCCUUUCCCACCUGGACAAAAGGAACACCUACGUGAGAAUGCUAUUCAUUGACUACAGCUCAGUGUUCAACACCAUAGUACCCUCAAAGCUCAUCACUAAGCUAAGGACCCUGGGACUAAACACCUCCCUCUGCAACUGGAUCCUGGACUUCCUGACGGGCCGCCCCCAGGUGGUAAGGGUAGGUAACAACACAUCUGCCACACUGAUCCUCAACACGGGGGCCCCUCAGUGGUGCGUGCUCAGUCCCCUCCUGUACUCCCUGUUCACCCAUGACUGCAUGGCCAGGCACGACUCCAAUACCAUCAUUAAGUUUGCAGACGACACAACAGUGGUAGGCCUGAUCACCGACAACGAUGAGACAGCCUGUAGGGAGGAGGUCAGAGACCUGGCCGUGUGGUGCCAGGAUAACAACCUCUCCCUCAAGAUCAAGACAAAGGAGAUGAUUGUGGACUACAGGGGAUAAAAGUGGAAUGAGCAUGCCCCCAUUCUCAUCGACAGGGCUGUAGUGGAACAGGUUGAGAGCUUAAAGUUCCUUGGUGUCCACAUCACCAACAAAGUAACAUGGUCAAAACACACCAAGACAGUCGUGAAGAGGGCACGACAAAGCCUAUUCCCCCUCAGGAGACUGAAAAGAUUUGGCAUGGGUCCUCAGUACAGAAGGUAGUGCGUACGGCCCAGUACAUCACUGGGGCCAAGCUUCCUGCCAUCCAGGACCUCUAUACCAGGUGGUGUCAGACUCCAGCCACCCUAGUCAUAGACUGUUCUCUCUGCUACCGCACGGCAAGCGGUACCGGAGUACCAAGUCUAGGUCCAAAAGGCUUCUUAACAAUUUCUACCCCCAAGCCAUAAGACUCCUGAACAGCUAAUCAUGGCUACCCAGACUAUUUGCAUUGCCACCCCACCCCCACCCACUAUUUUACGCUGCUGCUACUCUGUUUAUUAUCUAUACAUAGUCACUUUAACUCUACCCACAUGUACAUAUUACCUCAAUUACCUCGACUAACCGUCUUACAUUGGACGCCAAGCAGUUGCCAUACCAAGCGGUGAUGCAGCCAGUCAAGAUGCUCUCAAUGGUGCGGUUAUAGAAACUUUUGAGGAUCUGGGGACCCAUGCCAAAGAAAAUUCAGCCUCCUGAUGGGAAAGAGGCCUCCUGUAGCUCAGUUGGUAGAGCAUGGCGCUUGCAACGCCAGGGUUGUGGGAAAUGUAUGCACUCGCUAACUGUAAGUCGCUCUGGAUAAGAGCGUCUGCUAAAUGACUCAAAUGUCAAAUUUAAAUGAAGAGGCGUUGUCGUGCCCUCUUCAAAUCAAAUUUGAUUGGUUGCAUACACAUAUUUCGCAGAUGUUAUUGCGAGUGUAGCGAAAUGCUUGUGUUCCUAGCUCCAGCAGUGCAGUAAUAUCUAACCAUUCACAACGAGACAAGACGACUGUUGGUGUGUUUGGACUAUGAUAGGUCCUUGGUGAUGUGGACACCGGGGAGCUUGACGCUCUCGACCCGCUCCACUACAGCCCCGUUGAUGUGAAUUGGAGCGCGCUCGGCCCUCCGUUUCCUGUAGCCCACAAUCCUUUUUGUCUUGCUGAAGUUGAGGGAGAGGUUGUUGCCAGGUCUCUGACCUCCUCCCUACAGGCUGUCUCAUUGUUGGUGAUCAGGCCUACCACCGUUGUGUCGUCGGCAAACUUAAUGAUUGUGUUGGAGUCGUGCACGGCCGCGCGGUCGUGGUUGAACAGGGAGUACAGGAGGGGAUUAAGCACUCACGCCUGAGGGGCCCCAUGUUGAAGGUCAGCGUGGCGGAUGUGUUGUUGCCUACCCUCACCACCUGGGGGCGCCCGUCAGGAAGUCCAGGAUCCAGUUGCAGAGGGAGGUUUUCAUUCCCAGCUUAGUGAUGAGCUUGGAGGGCACUAUGGUGUUGAACGCUGAGUUGUAGUCAGUAAACAGCAUUCUCACAUAGGUGUUCCUUUUGUCCAGGUGGGAAAGGGCGUGUGGAGUGCAAUAGAGUUUGCGUGGUCAGUCAGGAGAUAGACGAUGCGUCCCAAAUGGUACCUAAUUUCCUAUGUAGUGUACUAGCUACUUUUGACCAGAGUAUUGCACUUUGGCAUAGGGUGCCAUUUGGGAUGCACCCAGAAGAUGGGGGUGGUGGGGUGGGUGGAAAAUGGAGGAGACCCCUAAGAAUCUAUCUCCCAGCUAUCACUGGCAUCCUGACGAUGUGGUACCACAGGACAGCUGCACCUCUCUUUCUCUGUCUCUCUCUCUCUCUCUCUGUGUGUCCAUAACGUCAGAUAGAGGUGGAAAGCUGUUUCAAACCAAUACUAUGAACACUGUUUUCUGAAAAGCCUUGUCAAUGGAUGACACACGUGAUUUUCAUAAAAUGCCUUUCAGCUGUAUAUCCUAAUAAAAGAGGAAUUGCAGCGACGUUUUAGCAAUCAUUGCGAUUAGCGGAUGAUGUAAUCCUUGAUAUUUCCUCUGGUCUCUGCAACGCCUCACCCACCCUACUGUAAGUGACCGAGGCAUUCCCUUGAGAGAGCACUUUCCCCGCUCCCCAGCCCCUCUGGUUUAUUUUGGACUUCAGAGGGAGAGGGAGGGCUUGUCUGCUAGCACUAACCCUAGUGUGGUGGACCCAGGGUAAGGGUUAGACGGCCAAUCCCUCCCUCUCUGUGUCCUUAUGAAGGCAGUCCUCCAGCUUUUCAUCACAGGUCUGGGAUCAGCUGUAGGUGGAUGAUAUAAAGAGGAGUAGACUGAACUGAGACAGGUAUUGGGUAUAUCACCUGUUGUCUGUCUUUUGAGAGCCAGGAAAUGAAACAUUAGGCUAUAGAGCUUAAUCACCACGUUCAGACAGCCACUCUUCAUCUUUGGCCUAGCACCGGUGACACAUUUUAGCAUUAUAGGCUACUGCAUCACCAUCACAGCCUGAUCACCCUGGUUCGGGCAGCCCAUCCAUCCUGCUGUCUGAACUGUGAAGACCAAUAGGCCAUUCAUCUCACAGCAAGGACUUCCCUCAACAGACGCAACAAUGGCCCUAAUAAUCAAUAGAGCGGUUAUCAGUGCUACCUGCUCUGCCUGGUGGCGGUCCCUUUCACCUAUAACCUAGGGCUCAAAGCAUGUUUCUGCACAAGCAGACAAUAAAGUAGGCUAGCUCUCACUUGAUCACUAAAGCAUUUUUUAUAUGGAUCAUUACUAGGCUAAAUGAGGGAAUCUGUGGAGCCAGUUUUAUUGAAAUAUGACCCAGACCUAGGCCUACUACUGCAAUAGUGGGUACAGGGACAUGGCAGAUUCUUAUAUAGACCUACUACUGCAAUAGUGGGUAUGUAUAGGCAAUUGAGGUAAAGGUGUCUGCAUGCUUCCCAGCCGAAACAGUUCAGAGGAGUUUGUGCAUAUAUUAUGACAUUUUGGGACGUUUUGGAUCGUUUUGGACUUCAGUGAGGGUUGUUCGGGCACACAAAAUGUUUUCUAGAGGCAAAACAAAGUUCGGCGCAGAAGUCUAUGCCCCUUCGUCGGUGAUUGGUCAACAGUAGGGAUGAUUCAAUAUUAUUUUUUGUCAUUCAACGAGAGACAACUAGUAUUCAUGCACAUUUUUUCAUUGAGAAAUACUGCACCAAAUGUCUUAGUUAGAUAUAAAAUUGUGCGACUAAGAUCUCCUCUGCAAAAAUGUCAAUUUAUGAUAGAUUUCUUGAGUUAUCUCAGAUUAAUUCUGACUAUUUUGAGGAAGUGUAUACUGCCAACCAGGGCUCAAUGGUCAAACCGUACUAUUGCCUAUUUUUUCUAGUUAUUCUAGGUUCGGUUCAGCUAGCCAAGUUCAGCUAAGCGCCAGCUGAACUGAAGCAUGCUGACGCCUUAACAUGCCAACCAGGGCUCACCCCCGCUUAGUGUUGCAAGGUAUGCCCGCCCGGCACACCUCUUAAACUGGAGCAGUGGACCCGGGACAGAAAUACCAUGACGUGCGACAGUCGGGCACAGAGGGCAUGGAAUGCCCCGGCAGGAAGACUCCAGUCCAGGGAGAGGCCAGGGAGUGAUUGGUGGAGGGAUAAGAGUGGAGCUUUGUGGCUGGGAAGAGGAGCUGAGGCUCCAUCUUAUCUAGGAUGGAGUAAUCACAUGAUGGUGUCUGACAGACUCAUCUUAGUGGAUCUGAUAGGUGGUGGCUGAAGAACUUUGUGUGUCGCACUGUGGUUUUGUGUUGUAAAAGGCUACACGUAGGCUAGUCUACCUGCUAGUCGCUCCUUUAUGCUCUAUAUAGAGCACACUGUUUGGUUCGGUAGCGUGUCUGUAGAUGGGUUGGCAUGACUGGCACGGGCCCUCCGCCCUGCUCCCCCUUCCUGUUUCUCAGCGUGCUGGCCAGUGUGGAAGGGGUGUAGAGAGUGAGGACUCAAUGUUCUCCACAGAGACCCCAGACAAAGGCCUCCUUGUUGCCCCCCUCCCUGCCAGUCCCAUACCACCAUCCCUGCCACAGAGCCACAGCCUGAGUGGGCAGGGGGCACACACUGCCAAGCCAACCCAUCUGGCCCUGCCUGCCACGUCUGAUCCAGAACAGGGGCACCCAAUCCCAGACAGAGGUAGCUGUUAAUACAUUAGGGUUUGAUCAGGAUGUCUAAUACCUAAACCUGAUCAUUGAGCCUGUGUGUAAUGGACCUUUUAUGUGGUGCGAAUGAGAUCAUCAUGCUUCUGCUGUCAAAGAGUGUGUAUGGUUACAUAGCCUGGCUGCCCUACACAGAUUUGUUUUAUUUAAUUCACUUACUUAUUCAUUCAUUCAUCCAUCUAUCCAUCCAUCUAAUUGGGGGCUGGGAAUUGCCAGGGACCUCACGAUACAAUAUUAUCACGAUCCUUAGCUGCCGAUAAGAUAUGUAUUGUGAUUCUCACGAUUCUAUAUGUCUUGCGAUUCGAUAUUUGGAUUUGACUUUCCAAACAUAUUGCUCACUAACGCUUCGAACACACCGACUGCAUCAUUGCGUUUUGGUACACCAGAAGUACAUUUAGCAUGACAGAGCUCCAGAGUUCCUCUGUGGAGAUGGGAGAACCUUCCAGAAGGACAACCAUCUCUGCAGCACUCCACCAAUCUGGCCUUUAUGGUAAAGUGGCCAGACGGAAGCCACUCCUCAGUAAAAGGCACAUGACAGCCCGCUUGGAGUUUGCCAAAAGGCACCUAACGGACUCUCAGACCAUGAGAAACAAGGUUCUCUGGUCUAAUGAAACCAAGAUUGAACUCUUUGGCCUGAAUGCCAAGUGUCACGUCUGGAGGAAACCUGGCACCAUCCCUACGGUGAAGCAUGGUGGUGGCAGCAUCAUGCUGUGGGGAUAUUUUUCAGCGGCAGGGACUGGGAGACUAGUCAGGGUUGCGGGAAAGAUGAACGGAGCAAAGUACAGCGAGAGGUCCUUGAUGAAAACCUGCUGCAGAGUGCUCAGGACCUCAGACUGGGGUAAAGGUUCACCUUCCAACAGGACAACGACCCUAAGCACACAGCCAAGACAACGAGAGGAUCUGCAGAGAAGAAUGGGAGAAACUCCCCAAAUACAGGUGUGCCAAGCUUGUAGCGUCAUACCCAAGAAGACUCAAGGCUGUAAUUGCUGCCAAAGGUGCUUCAACAAAGUACUGAGUAAAGGGUCUGAAUACGUAUGUAAAUGUGAUAUUUCAGUUUUUUAUUUUUUAUAAAUUAGCAAACAUUACUAAACCUGUUUUUGCUUUGUCAUUAUGGGGUAUUGUGUGUAGAUUGAGAGAAAAAAACAACAAUGUAAUAAUUUUUAGAAUAAGGCUGUAACGUAACAAAAUGUGGAAAAAGUCAAGGGCUCUGAAUACUUUCCGAAUGCACUGUAACUGUAUCCAUUUUCCCCUAGGUAUCACUAGGUACUGUAAUAGCAUGCAUUCAUUCCAGGUACUGCAGUACAGGGGUAGUUCAAAUGGUUGAGUGAUGACCUGCACUGGACUGUACAUUAUGAAACGGGUUGUUUGGAUCCUGGAUGCUGAUUGGUUCAUUGUUGUGGGACAACAACUCCCGCAAAAUACCAUGACGUGUUAUAAACCAACCUGUCUGCCUCUACAACCUGUGCAACAAUGUAUCAUUUUACAAAUGCGAUCUCUCCCGUGCCAGCAAAGAGGCAAGCACUGGCUGUCACCAACCAGCACCAGGACCAUGGACAGUUCUUCCACUCGUGUGCCAUCAACGGAAACGUCACUAUUAACAUCACCAACUAGCUUGGUUAGCUCUGACUCGCCAACCAUAAUAGUUGUUGCCUAUGUAGCCCUAUUGGAUAUUUAUUAAAUCAAGUUCUUGUCUCAUCAUCAUUGAGUCCCUGCUAGAUAGCUACAUGCCAAUGAUUUGUUUAGCAUAGCAACGUCGAAGGAAUAGAAAGAUUGGAAGGAACGACUGGGUCAGCAGGAGAAAAUAAGUAGAAAGACCAGCCCGCUUGGGUAGCAAACUUUUUAGAAUGUAAAAACUAAUUUACUCCUUCAAAUAAUGUUUUUAAUGAAAACAUGUAAUGAAUAUUUAAAUAUAUGUUGGCAACAGUUUUAUAAAAGCAAUAUUGCCCUCAAACCCAGGAAUUAUCAUGUGACAACUUCGCCUCGGGCCUCAGAACAGCCCUUGUCGGGAGUUGUCACACGAUAAUUCCCAGGUUCUCAGGUGUUAUUGCUUAAGGUACAGUAGGCUACAGCUCACUGUUCUGUCUGUAUGGAAUAUCAGGUCUAAUUUUUCUCUCACCGGCCUCGAGUCAACAUAAUCACCUCAGGUGAACUAAGGUAGGUUUACCCCCUUACACAGGCGGUUUUAUGGAUCACUAACCUUCCAAGUCAGGUUCUUCUGUUUCACUUCAUCUGUGUCAUUACCCUUGUUAUCUACUCUGUUUCUAAUGGUCAGUGGUGUCUGUGUUGUUCCAGAACUGGCCCAGGAGUCCAACCCAUCAGACCAUGCCCGAGCCAGCACAAUCUUCCUCAGCAAGUCCCAGACAGACAGUGAAUGUAAGUACUCUACUCUACCCUGCUCACAACACAUCACACAGGAGAAGUGAUUAUGAUGCCAUGUUAGCCCAUACGACUCUGGUCUUACGCACUUUAGCUACUUGGUAAGGUGGUAACUCACCACCACCCUCUCUCUGCUCUAGAAAGCUAUGUAGAGAGAUGAUACUGAGGCUACUGUAAGUGACUCUAAUAUGGCGCUCUCAUAAGCACAAUGUGACUCUUCACCGUUCUUCAUCAUUUUCAACAUGACUGUUUUUGUCUGGGUCUGACAUGGCCUAUUUUCUUUUUCCUUCCAGUGCGAGACAAGAGGAAAAUCAAUCACAUAAACCAUGUUAGUCAUGUAAGUAUUUCAAUACGAAGAUUUGUUUGUGUUAACAAUAAUGAGUUGUGUGUGUGUGUGGCUACUGUGUGGGCAUGGGAGAGUUGGGUUGCGAUUUAUGAGAAUACAUCUAUAAUCUCACACACUCGCCUCUUAACUUGGGUCACUGGAGGACAACACCAAACUCAUGCAUAUGCAAAUGUAACUAUCUGACCAUCACACCUUAUUGGUCACCUCUUAUAGGAUGUAGCCCUUUACACUUAUACCCGUAUAUGGGUUGAAAAGGGCAGAUUUGGACACUGAUACGCGCCUGAAUUGGAACGCAGUGAGGGAAAUGCUGUCAAUUACCAUGUAUUUUGAAAGAUAAGACGUUGAAGAGUCCAAAUGUGCACUUCACAUUUCCAUAUCAUAAAACUCAUGUGAUAUACAGUGUCAACGUUUAUGAUCACUGUGUUUGAUAUACAGUUACAAGAUGACAUGGCGUUCUUGUCCUGAACAGAAUGAGCCUAUGUUGUAUUGGGAAGGACCACGUAUCUGAAUGCACUCAUGACUCCAUUCUAUGCGACCAAAAUUACCAUCUGCUUCUCUGAAUUACGUUGUGAAAGCAUAACACUGUAAGAUCGUUUUUUAUAAUUUAGUUAGUCAUGUUGGCAAUAGAACAAGCUUUCAAAUUAUGCCCACCUGACCCAGAUUGUGAUUUAUAAUGGACCGUUUUUGGAUUGCGUAAACAGCAACAGUAAUUGUGUGAUGGCGGGGAUGCAGGGCUGUGUUCCAUAGAAAGCAACUACCAGUGUGCUUGCUCUAGUUCCUCAACAGCACAGCUAGGAGAGCUCCGAAAAACACCUUAUAGUUGAAGACUUCUUUGAGUCAUAGAAAUGCAUUGAAAUGACUUAGGAACUGUACACACCUUGGAGAGGUGGUUGGCCACUUGGAAACACCAGUUAGACCAAUCACUCAAACCAUUGUCAUUGUUUUGUCUUAUGUUGUACCUACCUCAACAUUUCCAAGAAUAUUCUUAUCAUCUUACUGAAUGUAUCCAGAGUAUUUUCAGAUUUCGUUAUCAACAAAUGGGGCAAAAUGUACAGUAAAUGUAAAAUGCACAUCUAAUCAACGGUGUAAUGUUUGGAUUCAGUCUUGUCAGGUAACUGUUCAAUCAAUUCAAUCAAUCAAUUUUAUUUUAUAUAGCCCUUCUUACAUCAGCUAAUAUCUCGAAGUGCUGUACAGAAACCCAGCCUAAAACCCCAAACAGCUAGUAAUGCAGGUGUAGAAGCACGGUGGCUAGGAAAAACUCCCUAGAAAGGCGAAAACCUAGGAAGAAACCUAGAGAGGAACCAGGCUAUGAGGGGUGGCCAGUCCUCUUCUGGCUGUGCCGGGUGGAGAUUAUAACAGAACCAUGCCAAGAUGUUCAAAAAUGUUCAUAAGUGACAAGCAUGGUCAAAUAAUAAUCAGGAAUAAAUCUCAGUUGGCUUUUCAUAGCCGAUCAUUAAGAGUUUGAAAACAGCAGGUCUGGGACAGGUAGGGGUUCCAUAACCGCAGGCAGAACAGUUUAAACUGGAAUAGCAGCAAGGCCAGGCGGACUGGGGACAGCAAGGAGUCACCACGGCCGGUAGUCCCGACGUAUGGUCCUAGGGCUCAGGUCUCUCAGUUGGCUUUUCAUAGCCGAUCAUUAAGAGUUGAAAACAGCAGGUCUGGGACAGGUAGGGGUUUCGUAGCCGCAGGCAGAACAGUUGAAACUGGAAUAGCAGCAAGGCCAGGGGGACUGGGGACAGCAAGGUGUCAUCAUGCCCGGUAGUCCUGACGUAUGGUCCUAGGGCUCAGGUUCUCAGAGAGAAAGAGAGAACGAGAGAAUUAGAGAGAGCAUACUUAAAUUCACACAGGACACUGGAUAAGACAGGAGAAGUACUCCAGGUAUAACCAACUAACCCCAGCCCCCCGACACAUAAACUACUGCAGCAUAAAUACUGGAGGCUGAGACAGGAGCGGUCCGGAGACACUGUGGCCCCAUCCGAAGAGAACCCCCGGACAGGGCCAAACAGGAAGGAUAUAACCCCACCCACUCCGCCAAAGCACAGCCCCGCACCACUAGAGGGAUAUCCCCAACCACCAACUUACAAUCCUGUGUGUCAUGUAGCCUGUGCUUGAGGUGACCACAACAAGCUGUAGCCCCUGUGGCUGUGGGGUCCUGUCAGCUAGAAGACAAACACAGAUAAACAGGAGACCUGGUAUGAAUGUUUUGUGAGGGUCCACUGUCCACCCUCGACUCCACCUCAUCUUAUUCUCUCUGUAUUAUAGAACACACUUCCCUGACCCAAGGCUACAUAGCCCAGUUUAGCCACAUUUCAAACCAAACCUUUUACCUUGGAAGUAGUUUAUGAGCCAGGAGUGACUGCAACCUAUUGGUGAUGUCAUUAUUUGGCUAUGGCCACCACAGGCUAGCGUUAGCAUCAAUUACCUCCGAAGGAUUGGGUACAACAGAGCCUACAUUAGCAUCGUCUGACUUCCAUGUCACAUAUUUCCUUUUGCAGACCUCUCCUGGCCCUCUCUCUAAGAAGUACAGUUCCUGUUCCACCAUCUUUAUAGAUGACAGCACGGUCAGCCAGCCUAACUUGAAAAGCACAAUAAAAUGGUGGGUACCCACUACCUUCAUAUAUGCACACACAGGAAACCUUUUCUAGUUGAACUCUGGUCUAAUGAAUUCUGUCUUUCUCCUCUUCCAGUGUCACAUUAGCAAUAUACUACCACAUUAAAAACAGGUGAGUGGCAGUGUUUAACUUGUUCAGUUUAAGUAUGCACAGGUAUUAAUUUAAUGGGGGAUCAGAAGGUGGCCUCUGGGCCUGGCAGAAUGUCUGUAUUGGACUAGGGACAGUGUAUUUGGUUCAUAGUGGAGGCGUUCACUCUCUGUUCCUCUGUAUCUCUCAGGGACUCCGACAGGUCACUGGACAUUUUUGAUGAGAAGAUGCACCCCUUAUCGGUGAGUGGGCGGAUCAAUUUGACCAUAAUCCACUCAGGGUUAACAGGAAGUGAAUAGCUGUUAUGUGUUUACAGGAAGUGAAUAGCUUUUAUGUAUUGUAUUCUAAAGACCUGCUGCUAAUACAGGUUUACAUCAAAACAGAGGUCUGCAGUAGAUGUGGCAGUAUUGGUUUCUCAGCCGUUGUCUACAUCGAUAUCUGGCAUCACCCAGCCUCCUCACCCCCUUCUAGACCUUCCACUGGAACUUUAUAUGCCCCAUAGCCCAGUGUACCUCUCAGCUCCAACUUCAGCAUAGCACACACCACUGCACGGGGAAUGAAUAAGAUAUAGUUUAGCUCUGGUAAGAAAGUCAACAUAAACCCAUUAGGAAAUUUAGAAAUUACUUAAAUGUUUCCUUAUCUUGUUGAGGGUAGUCUAUGCGCUAUUCAAGAUUGAAUGUGUGUUUUGUGUUGUAUCUGGGCUGGUCUGUGUGUUGUCUCUGGGCUGGUGCGUGUGUGUUGUGUGUGUGACGUGUGUGUUGUCUGGGCUGGUGUGCGUGUGUGUGUUGUCUCUGGGCUGGUGUGUGCUGUGUUGUCUCUGGGCUGGUGUGUGUUGUGUUGUCUCUGGGCUGGUGUGUGCUGUGUUGUCUCUGGGCUGGUGUGUGUUGUGUUGUCUCUGGGCUGGUGCGUGUGUGUUGUGCGCGUGUGUGUGUUGUCUCUGGGCUGGUGCGUGUGUGUUGUGCGUGUGUGUGUGUUCUGGGUGGUGUGUGUGUGUUGUCUCUGGGCUGGUGUGUGCUGUGUUGUUCUGGGCUGGUGUGUGCUGUGUUGUCUUGGCUGUGUGUGUGUGUUGUCUGGGCUGGUUUGUGUGUUGUCUCUGGGCUGGUGUGUGUUGUGUUGUCUCUGGGCUGGUGCGUGUGUGUUGUGCGCGUGUGUGUGUUGUCUCUGGGCUGGUGUGUGUGUGUUGUCUCUGGGCUGGUGUGUGCUGUGUUGUCUCUGGGCUGGUGUGUGCUGUGUUGUCUCUGGGCUGGUGUGUGUGUGUUGUCUCUGGGCUGGUGUGUGCUGUGUUGUCUCUGGGCUGGUGUGUGUGUGUUGUCUCUGGGCUGGUGCGUGUGUGUUGUGCGCGUGUGUGUGUUGUCUCUGGGCUGGUGUGUGCUGUGUUGUCUCUCUGGGCUGGUGUGUGCUGUGUUGUCUCUGGGCUGGUGUGUGUUGUGUUGUCUCUGGGCUGGUGUGUGUUGUGUUGUCUCUGGGCUGGUGUGUGCUGUGUUGUCUCUGGGCUGGUGUGUGUUGUGUUGUCUCUGGGCUGGUGUGUGUUGUGUUGUCUCUGGGCUGGUGUGUGCUGUGUUGUCUCUGGGCUGGUGUGUGUUGUGUUGUCUCUGGGCUGGUGUGUGCUGUGUUGUCUCUGGGCUGGUGUGGUGUUGUGUUGUCUCUGGGCUGGUGUGUGUUGUGUUGUCUCUGGGCUGGUGUGUGCUGUGUUGUCUCUGGGCUGGUGUGUGCUGUGUUGUCUCUGGGCUGGUGUGUGUUGUGUUGUCUCUGUGUCUAACACUGUCUUCUUCCUUCAGAGAGAGCAGGUUCCUGAUGACUACUCUCGUACGGACCCUGAGCACAAACUCAUCUACCGCUUUGUCAGAACUCUGUUCAGCGCUGCACAGCUCACUGCGGAGUGUGCCAUCGUCACCUUGGUGAGGGGUCCAGUCCAGUCAGCAACCAUACACCCCUAAUCAAAACACGCGUAUCAGCAGUUAAUACAUGGUUAAUCAACUGAUAUGAAACCAUACAGUAGAUGUAUUGUAGCUCAGCUGGUAGAGCAUGGUGCUUGUAAUGCCAGGGUAGUGGGUUUGAUUCCCGGGACCACCCAUACGUAAAAUGAAUGUACGCAUGACUGAAGUCGCUUUGGAUGAAAGCGUCUGCUAAAUGGCAUUUGUUAUUAUCAUAUACUGUAUUAUCCACUAGGUAUUGUGGUGUUGUAUUAACCUACAUGAUACGGUAGAUGCGUUGUAUUAACCUACAUGAUACGGUAGAUGCGUUGUAUUAACCUACAUGAUACGGUAGAUGUAUUGUGGUGUUGUAUUAACCUACAUGAUACGGUAGAUGUAUUGUGGUGUUGUAUUAACCUACAUGAUACGGUAGAUGUAUUGUGGUGUUGUAUUAACCUACAUGAUACGGUAGAUGUAUUGUGGUGUUGUAUUAACCUACAUGAUACGGUAGAUGUAUUGUGGUGUUGUAUUAACCUGUAUCUGCACUAAUGUACCACUAGGGUGCAGCAGAGUAAUAGAAACCAUUGACGAAGCACAGCAAGUCACAUGAACAGAGUCUCAAUGUGAACAGACAGUAGACCUGUAUUUGAUGAUUACAAUAUGAUUGGGCCUAAUAUAUCAAGCAUGCCUUAUUUAUUGGACUCCAAACAUAACAAAGUACUAUUUCUCACAUGUGUGUAUAAUCAAUAAUAUGCCCUUUUUCCUACAGAUUUUCUAUGUUGUAUACAUCACAUUUCUGAAUGGAAAUAACCACCUCAGUUUUUUAGCACAUGAUCACUUUAAGACUUCUAACCUUCAACCCCACCAGGUGUACCUGGAGCGUCUGCUGACCUACGCUGAGAUAGACAUCGGUCCGUGCAACUGGAAGCGUAUCGUACUGGGCGCCAUCCUGCUGGCGUCUAAGGUGUGGGACGACCAGGCCGUGUGGAAUGUAGACUACUGCCAGAUCCUCAAAGACAUCACUGUGGAGGACAUGUGAGUGGACAGGACACACACACUGGAGACACACUCAAAAUAGAUACCCUUUUCUCACUAUUGUGUCAACCUUUACUGUUCAGUUUCAGAUAUGUUCUGUUCACUUUGAAGGAGGAGGCUGAUUGGUAGUCAUUGAUGGAGAAGGAGGAGGCUGAUUGGUAGUCAUUGAUGGAGAAGGAGGAGGCUGAUUGGUAGUCAUUGAUGGAGAAGGAGGAGGCUGAUUGGUAGUCAUUGAUGGAGAAGGAGGAGGCUGAUUGGUAGUCAUUGAUGGAGAAGGAGGAGGCUGAUUGGUAGUCAUUGAUGGAGAAGGAGGAGGCUGAUUGGUAGUCAUUGAAGGAGAAGGAGGAGGCUGAUUGGUAGUCAUUGAAGGAGAAGGAGGAGGCUGAUUGGUAGUCAUUGAAGGAGGAGGCUGAUUGGUAGUCAUUAAAGGAGGAGGCUGAUUGGUAGUCAUUGAAGGAGGAGGCUGAUUGGUAGUCAUUGAAGGAGGAGGCUGAUUGGUAGUCAUUGAAGGAUGAGGAGGAGGAGGCUGAUUGGUAGUCAUUGAAGGAUGAGGAGGAGGAGGCUGAUUGGUAGUCAUUGAAGGAUGAGGAGGAGGAGGCUGAUUGGUAGUCAUUGAAGGAGGCUAAUUCAUAGUCAUACUUUUAUGAUUCAUCAUGUCCAUGUUUCAGGUGGAGAACAGACGUAGACCGGAGCCUUCUUCCCCCCUGGUCUGAUGAUCAUUCAUUAGGCUGUUGUCUAUAGACUGGUACAGUAGUCCUAUCCAGUCUCUAGCUCUGAUCAGGGCUGUGUGAGAUGAGGGCCCUGCUUUGGGCUCCAAAGGAGUGAGGACUAGACCCAGAGAGAGAGAGCGAGGGACAUUGAGGGAGGCGGAGUACUGGUUGUAUACAGGAGGCAAUCUCCAAGCCAUUAGUAGGCUUCUCCUUACUACACUACUGCCUUACAUUCUAGUAGCUUUUAGAGUGGGCUGGGGUUGAGUCUUUUGUAUGUCUAUUAAGUUUGUUUGUUUGAGAGUGUACACGUGCCAAAAGGUCAAAUAGGGGGUGCUUAUAUUUGUCCUGUUUCACACAUGACAGUGUUGUGAAAUAGAAAUGUGUGUUUUGCAUAUCCCAACUCCUCCUUAGACACCCUUGGAGAGUGGGGGCACGUCCAGGGUCAGCCAUUAUUGACGGCAACCCAGGAGCAAUUAGGGUUAAGUGCCUUGCUCAAGGGCAGAUAUAUAAAAAAAACACGUAUACCUAGUCGGCUCGGGAAUUCGAACUACGGCUACUGGCCCAACGCUCUAACCUCUAGACUACCUGCCACUCUGUGAGUGUGUGCUCUGUCUGUCUGUCUGUCUGUCUGUCUGUCUGUCUGUCUAUGAGCCCAUGUUCCUCCCUCUCUCUUCUCUCGAUCUGCAGUCUAUUUUCAUCUCUUCCAUUGAAGUGCUCUUUGUGAGCUGGGGGGUCUGGAGUGGCUCUCAGCGCUCCUACAUAAUGGCCGUAGCCCUCUCCCACUCCAUUAGUUACCCUGGGAGACCAGCCUUCCAACACACACACACACACACACGCACACACACACCCCAGCCUCCAGCCACCCUGGCCCUCUCAUGUCUCCUUUCCGACAAAGCAUCCUUGAUGCUGUCUCUGUGGUGACCGACCGGCAUGCAGCUCUUUUGUCAUCGUGGCGAUAAGGAUGAUGAGAUGGAUCUGUACAGGAGAGACAUGAUAUACCUGAAGCAAGCCGCUCUGUCAGAGAGCCAGUAUGGGUCUUCAUUAUAGUGACAAUAAAGGCUCAAGUUGUUGUGUGUUGAGUUGUAUUUAUUGUGGUGGUUUAGUUUUUUUUAAUGUAAUUCCUGUUUAUGUCCUUUUGGGGGGGGAAAAAGCAACAAAAAAAAGGUAUCCUUGCAAAAAAGUAUAUAUUUUGAAUAAUAAAGAAACAAUUUAUGAAUACAAAUAUAGUUUAGUCUCCCGAAUGUGGGGGGUGGAGAUGGGUUGAAUAGCCCCCCUGCAGACAUGUACCCUUCUCCUUGCUGCCGUAAGGGAAAGACAAGUGGAGUUUUAAUUUGCUAUUGAUUAGACUCUCGCCCUAUGAGGGCUGGCCUGUGGAUGACGUUACUCCUAUCACUGAUCUAAGGUCCAUUUGACAUUUCUCCCCCACUCAUUGUCAGGGUUUCAUUUGGGGAGGUUGUUCCUAGAUCUGUGCCUAAGAGCAGUCUAUAUUAACCCUGUUUAAUCUGCUCUCCCUUUGUCAGGAACGAGAUGGAGCGUCACUUCCUGGAGCUGCUGCAGUUCAACAUCAACGUCCCGGCCAGUGUUUACGCUAAGUACUACUUUGACCUGCGAUCUCUGGCCGAGGACAACAACCUCUGCUUUCCCCUCGAGCCACUCGGCAACGAGAGGGCACAGAAACUGGAGGUAAGGUAGUUGUAGAGGGGUAUGAUGGAGCUUACAGGUAUCAGUAGAGGUGGGAGAAUGCAUCUAGUAGCAGAAAAGAUGGCAGCUGAGACGGAGAGCAAGACAUGGGAAUAGUCAAAGGGGGAAAGUGUUGGAAUUCACCAGUGCAUUAGGGAUGAAGCCAAUGAGCCUGUGCGUUGUGUGUUUUCCAGGCCAUCUCCAGACUGUGUGAAGACAAGUACAAGGACCUGAGCCGAGCGGCCAUGAGGAGGUCCUUCAGCGCUGACAACCUGGUGGGCAUCCGCCGCUCCAACGCUGUGCUCUCAUAGGCCAGCCACACUUCAUCGCUGUUCUCUCAUUAGUCAGCGACACGUCACUCCCAACACUGUUCUCUCAUUGGAUAGCCACACUCCCAACAUUGUGCUUUCACUUGACAGACACAAUGGUCGAGUUCGUUUCGCAUGGCCCUGUGCCCCGGGUGGGUAGAGUUUGCUCAUUUUAGACUAUUCCAUUGGUCCUUGAGUGAAAUCUCCACCCACCCGGAGCACCGAGCCAUGCAAAAUGAACUCCACCAAUAUCUGACCUCUACAGCCCAACCAACACUCCCAGGAUACCCGCCCCAAACCCUCUUACAAACCCCUCUGAGAGACUGGUCAUGGGCAGCACCAUAGGCCCACUCUCCCCUGCCUGUCUCAGACCUUGUGUGCAAAAUCACUUCUUGACUACAUAGAGAGAAAAAAGACUCUGGGUUUUUUUGGUAUAUAUUUUGUUGUUUUUUUGCU